AUGACGCCCGUCGCAGGCUCGUCCUCGAGCGGUCUUCUGCCAGGAGCUGUCAGGUCCGGCUCGACAAGGACAGCGAGCAGAUCGAAGACAAACAAGCGCAUCGACCAGGAACGCAUCGUCGACCACCUCUUGGCCGUCUUUUUGGAUUCACAGGAUGCACCAUCAACGCCAUCGAGCUCAUCGAGAGCAUCACAAAAGGCCAAGGCCAUUAACUUCGUCGAGAAGGACUCGUGGUCACCCGCGGACGACGACGAGAUUGCCGCGGCCUUACAAGGACUUUCGCUCAAGCACAGCAUCCACCUCGACUACGAACUUGCCACCGCGCUCAAGCGAUGCUAUUCGCAGCUCCUCGUAUCAUGCGAGCGAUCAGUGCGUCUCACGGAUCAGGCUCGCGAGAGUGAAAAGCGACGAGGAUCCGCAAAUGCCCGCAAUCUGCCAGAUCCCUUGGUUCGACCGGAUAACGUCGCGGAUGCCGUUCGCUUCCUGCUGCAGCUCUCCAAGCCGGCAGACGUCACCGCACGCACUACUGCCAAUCUCAUGCUCAACGCGACACAAUCGAAUCGAGCACAGUAUCUGACACCGGAGCAGCGGAGGCAGGCAGAGAAACGCGAAUGGCUUGGCAUCCUAGUCGACGAGCCGUUGGAAGGCGACGUUUGGGCCGACGAUGACGUGGAUCAAGACACCUCCGAUCUAUCGGAUUGGAGUCUGGAUUCGGACGACGAGAAGCGACUCAGGAUCGGGGAAGGCUACGACAGCGACAAAGAGAUUCGUAAAAGGAGAGACCGACUCACAGCGAUCUCAGAUUCGAUACGACCUUCAGCCUCGUCUACACAGGACUACGCACAGCGCGAGCAAUGGUCUCGUGCUCAUCAACACAGACAACAAGCACUCAGAGCCGCUGGGAGUGGCACGCCAGCCAACCUCUCCGAAUCAGAUGUCGUCAGGGAGAGUGUCUCUGCGCUGCUAGGCUGCACAUGCGCGCUCUUUCCGCCACAGCAGAGCGUACCGAGUGGCCUGAGCGAGCAGUUGGGAGCCAUCACCUCGAUCGCGAGCACUUUGACAUCUCUGCGGAGAUUCGUGGGCGGUGCGAUCUCACAAGGCAUUCAAGCUGUCAACGCCCUCACCCGCACACCCGCCGUCGAAGCCUUCGCCGAGCAAUUGCGGAUUCUCCUCGAACGCUUGCACUCCCGACUCUCUGAGAUGGACGCCGACAUUGCCGCUGCUUCGAUGUCAUUGCAGCCGAUCAACAUCCGGACGGACAGAUAUGCAACAAUGACACAGCUGCUCGAGUUUCUGCAUCGCGAGGCAGCUUCCGUACUACUCUUGGCCCGACUUCUGGAGGAGUUGGGCUUCAUCUCAAAUCGUAAAGCCGCGCCGGAUACUUUCGCGGCGCAUGUCUCUAGCGAUCGCGCCCUCAUCGACGGCCUGCAAGCCCUUCUCGGCUUCGUUCACCAACAGGACGAGGUCGCGUAUUGCGACGACGUUCUUGCGGACCUCAGCACCUGUCUGCUCGCUGCUUGCCGACCCGCAUGGCGGUCCGUCUGUCGCCUGCUGCAAAGAGGCCUCAGCUUUGCUGUCAAUCGCGCCGACGACCUUCUCUUCAAGGAUCGCCUCGUCCAGCACAUGAUCAAGCACGAUGCGUCACUGUCCACAUCAGACAGCACGUUCUGGACCUCGGGGUACAAUGCCAAGCACUCGAGGGGCCAUGCAACACUGGACGACGUUGUCGACCAAGGCUAUAGCCCGCCUGCAUUCCUGCAAUCCAUCGUGCAGGACGUGGUGACAACGGCAAAGGGUGUUGGACUGCUCCGCAGCCUGGGCAUUGAUGCGCUCGGCGAAGUCCAGCCAGACGGGGACCUCGAUCGCAUCCUUGGCCUUCGCAGUCUAGUACCAGCAAGCGUACUCCAGCAAGGGCGAGGAAGGCACCAAGAAGGCGAUGUCGAGCACGCGCUCACCGGCGGCAACGCCUCAGUCAAACACGCUGCCGCAACACCGGAGGCAGCCAAGGCCACCCUUCGACGACUCCUAUUCCCCAAGAGCGCCCAAGGCGCCGAAUCAAAGCCAUUAGAGGAGACCUUGCCGCAGACACCACUCUCACAGCCGGACUCUGAGCCGUCGUGGCAGCUCGGAUCAGCGAAUCGCAGAUCGCGCACAUCGAAUCGACUUCUCGAGCCCAUGCUCGGGCAAGCACUCCAGGAGCAUCUUUCGCCCAUCUCUGCUAUCGUCCGCAAGCGCCUGUUCGAGGUGCUCUCCUCGCCCGUCACCGAUGGCGGAUACGCAUUGCAGACCCACCUGAGAGCGUGCCACGGACUCUUUCUUAUGCAAGAGGGCGCCGAGAUGACCAGCUGGUUCGACUCGCUCUUUCGUGAUCUCGAUCGACCCAAUGGCACGAUUCGUGCCGUUCACCAACACCGUCUCAACUCGACCUUCAUCGACGUGCUCGAGGCGCACGAGCCGGGCCGCGCUGGACAGGUAUGGAUCGAUGCGAAUCUGGUGCGCUUCUUCACUGGUGACGACGACGCCGACAGCGCAGCAGCAAUCCGACAGAGAACCCGGAUUCGCCGAUUGGCCGAUGUACAAGUCGAAUACGAGGUGCCGUGGCCACUUACGUUUGCUUUCCCCACCGCUUGCAUGCGGUUCUACCAGACCAUGUUCACUACGCUACUCCAAGCCAGAUAUGCACAGUGGAAGCUGUCAGCGACGCUGAAGCUGGCAAAGCCCGAGACGAUGCACAUGCGCAAAUUCUGGGCGCUCCGUCGACAAGCUCAGUGGCUCGUUCGAACGCUGAUCGCUUUCCUGCAGAGCGACGUGCUGCUGGACGGCAGCGAGCGACUUUGUGCAGCUCUCGAAGGCGCGACCUCGCUCGACAGCGCGAUCCAGAUUCACACCGAGGCGCUCGAGCGGAUGGAGAAGCUGUGCUUCCAUCGCAUCGAGCAGGUGAAGGUGAAGGAGCUCUUCGGCGCCGCUUGGCGCAUUGGAGCCGAGGUGGUCAACAAUUACGAACGAUUCAUCGGCACAAGCAGUCAGGGCGAGGACCGACUUGCGCGGCGAAAACGGCGAGAGCGACGCAAGAAGCAGAGAGACAGGGCGAAGCGCGAAGGCGCACCGCUAGGAGCGAUCGUCGAAGAGGACGAAGAGGAGGAAGAGGAGGAUGCGGAAGACGACCAGAACGAGGCGGAUUACGGUGAACUUUUACGCGACUACGACGGUCCUGCGCAGCCCGGUGCGUACGACGUUUACAGCGACGACGUCACACUAGCCCGCUCGGACGCAUUCGGCUCAACCUCUGUCGACGCCUCGAUGAGCGUCGAUACGUCUGCGAGCUGGCUGGACUCCGAGACGAACAAGCGCGAGCGGUUCCGGGUAGAAUGCGAGCGCCAACGCAAAGCUCUGCUUCGACUGGUGGAAGAGCUCAAGGUCAAUGUCGACGACCAGAUUGGCAGGAUCGCGGCACGGGCAGCGGCACAAGCUCAGGAUGCGACGCUCGCCGACCGGGCUUUGCAAGAGCAUGACUAUGCAAGGGCAAAGUGGCAGGGCUUGCUCGAUGCGCUUGCUUGGUCCGACCUGAGCUACUGA